UCUACUUCCUAAUUCAGAUACUUUAUGAGUCUCGUUUUGUGUCUUUUCUCACACUUGCUGUAAUGGAGUUGUUCAUCAUCACUCUUCUGCAUCUUCUUAUGGAGGUUCAGUCAUAUAAAGUUCCUAAUCUAAAAGUGUCUCCUGAUGUCAUAAGAGAGUCAAACUCAGUACAUCUGAUCUGUGAGAGUCCAGCUGAUGUUAAAGUGAAUCAGUGUUAUUUCUAUUCAAACAAAGAGGAAAAUACAAAACUCAGUCAAUCAUGUCAGCUUCAUCUCACUGGAACUGAACUUCUCUUAUGGACGCGUGAAAAAUCACCUGUAUCACUCAACAUUAGAUGUUUUUACACAAUAGAUGUAUAUGGGGUUCAUAAACCAUCACCUUACUCUCCUCCUGUCACACUGACAAUAUUAGAUACUCUUAAGAAACCCUCCAUCAGUGUUAAUGGUACCAUUGCCAACAUCAGUAUAUCAUGUGAAAUACCACUAACAGUCAAAGCUGAAUUCAUCUGUAAUCUCUACACUGAGUAUGGACCUCUGACACGCAGAAGUUAUCUAAGUCGUACACAGACUGGAGGACAUCAGUGUAUGUUUUAUAUGAGUCUGAGUGAAAUAUUCAAACAUAACCAAACAGUGAACAGUCGACAGCUGAGUUGUGAUUAUUCAGUCAAAACAGAUCCUGAGAAUGAGAUGAACCUCACAUCACCACGCAGUGAUGUGUUUACUGUCAGCGGUUAUCCUCAGGCAAAGUUGUCAGUGUCUUCUUCAGUUAUCAUGGACAGCGACACAGUACAGCUGGACUGUAACAGUAAGAAUCAGCACAUGGACGAAUGUUACUUCACUAUAGAUGGAAGAGAAAAUAAACAGAGCAGAUCAUGUCAACUAUCACUCACUGGAUCUGACAUCAUGAAAUGGUCAGGAGGUCAGAGGUCAUCUGUCAUCUUAACCUGCUUCUACACUAUGUAUAUAUCACAAAAUGAUACCAUGCCAUCUCCAUGUUCAGAUCCAGUAACAGUAACAGUUCAGAGGAAAAGAAUGUGGCUGAUAAUGCUGUCAGCAGUGGCGUGCUCUGUGAUUGUACUCACAGGACUCAUAUGUCUGUGUGGAUUUGCAUGCAAAACGGUAAGAUCUAAACGUCAAAGAACUGCAGGAGAUUCGCGUGCUUCUGGACCUGCAGAUAUAUGCUCUUUCAUCAAUUAUGAACCAGACACAUCUAAACCCACAGACCUCAAGCAGCAACAGUCACACCAAGAAAGCAAACCAGAGACUUACUCGCUCAUUACUUCAGCUGUCCAGCCUUCAGAUGUUUUGGUUAACACACGACACAAGAAGGGACAUACUGAAGAGGAUGAAAUUGUUUAUCACGUCUACUGCACCAUCCCAGACAAACCAGUAAAAGCUGUUGAAGAUCAUAUCUACAGUUUAGCUACCUGACUUUCAUUCAAGACUUCUUUAUCUUCUUUGUUUAUUUUUAUCUUCUUUGUUCAUUUACAUGACGUGUAUUUGUUAAAUGUUUAAAUAAUAAAGUAUCUUUUUUUGCUGACAAACAUUAAUUGGAG